CUGCAGUGAUUGGUUCCUGUUUUCACUGCUACUAUGGCGCCUAGUGUAGUAUUCGUUCUUGGAGGGCCUGGGGCUGGCAAAGGCACUCAGUGUGACUUGAUAGAGAAGGAAUAUGGCUAUGUACAUUUGUCAGCUGGGGAUCUACUGCGUGAAGAGCGAAAUCGUGAGGGUAGCGAGUAUGGCGAUCUCAUUGAGAAGUACAUUAGAGAGGGCGCUAUUGUUCCUGUAGAAAUCACUGUUAAUUUACUAAAGCGUGCGAUGGAACAGCGCGACUGGGAGCACGGCAAGUUCCUAAUUGAUGGCUUCCCGAGGAAUGAGGACAACCUUGAUGGGUGGGAGCGCGUUCUUGGUGGGAAAGUUGAUGAAAAAUUCUGCCUAUUUUUUGAUUGCCCUGAAGGCGUUAUGGAGAAACGUCUUCUGUCGCGAGGGAAGACCAGUGGGCGUUCUGAUGAUAAUCUGGAAUCUAUCCGUAAGCGUUUCCGCACGUAUGAGGCUGAUACGAUGCCGAUCAUUGUGAGGUUCAAGGCUAAGGGAAAGGAAAGGAGGGUGAACGCUGACCGAUCAGUGGAGGAGGUCUGGUUUGAUGUGAAAAACAUUUUCGAGAAGAUGUAGAAGGGGAUGUCCACCUCUGGGCGUGUUCCCGUCUUACUGAUUCACCAUAGUAUUUGUGUAUGCAUUACACUGAAUGGUGGGCUAUCGCAGUGCGUGAUAAGUAGAUGUCGAGGCUGCUGUUCUAACCUCC